AUUACGAAGUAGAAAAAAAAGGGCUUUUCUUCUUUUUCUUUUUCUGUGUUAGUGUUUGGGUAGUGGGAAUCCGCAGGAAAAGAAAAGAAAAUAAAAUAAAAUAAAAAAAACAAGAUGGAGAUUGAUCUUACUCCCCAGUUGGCCAAGAAGGUUUACGGAGGCAAUGGUGGCUCUUACUACACCUGGUCUCCCUCUGAGCUUCCCAUGCUUCGCGAAGGCAACAUCGGUGCCGCUAAGCUCGCUCUUGAGAAGAACGGUUUCGCUGUUCCUCGUUACUCUGACUCUUCCAAAGUUGCUUACGUUCUCCAAGGAAGUGGAGUUGCUGGAAUUGUGCUCCCUGAAAAGGAAGAGAAGGUUCUUGCAAUCAAGAAAGGUGAUGCCUUGGCUCUCCCCUUUGGUGUUGUGACCUGGUGGUAUAAUAAGGAGGAUACUGAGUUGGUUGUUCUGUUCCUGGGCGACACUUCAAAAGCUCACAAGGCUGGUGAAUUCACUGACUUUUUUCUGACUGGCUCCAAUGGAAUCUUCACGGGCUUUUCAACUGAGUUUGUGGGCAGAGCUUGGGAUUUGGAAGAGAAGGAUGUUAAGACCCUUGUUGGAAAACAAUCUGGCAAAGGCAUUGUGAAGCUGGAAGGAAAAAUCAGCCUUCCUGAUCCUAAACAAGAGCAUAGGAAUGGUAUGGCAUUGAACUGUGAAGAGGCUCCAUUGGAUGUCGACAUUAAGGGUGGUGGAAGGGUUGUAGUCCUGAACACCAAGAAUCUCCCCUUGGUUGGUGAGAUUAAUCUAGGAGCUGACCUUGUAAGGUUGGAUGGAAGUGCCAUGUGUUCUCCGGGAUUCUCUUGUGACUCUGCUUUGCAGGUUACUUAUAUUGUCAGGGGUAGUGGUCGAGUUCAGAUUGUUGGUGUUGAUGGCAAAAGGGUUUUGGAGACAACCCUAAAAGCUGGUAAUUUGUUCAUUGUGCCAAGGUUUUUUGUGGUCUCAAAGAUUGGUGAUCCUGAUGGAAUGGAGUGGUUCUCUAUCAUCACCGGGAGCCCUGAUCCUAUAUUUACCCACUUGGCUGGAAGUUCCUCGGUGUGGAAGGCUUUAUCACCUACGGUUCUGCAGGCUGCAUUCAAUGUUGAUGCAGGAGUUGAGCAACUAUUCCGUUCAAAGAGGACUGCGGAUGCUAUUUUCUUCCCACCACCAAAGUAGAAUAAAUAUAUCAUUGCUUGGUUGUAGAGAUUCCUCAUCCAUAUUCCGUCUCAUCAAAACGGAAAAUAAAAGCUUCGUAUGCUCUAGGAACUCAUUAUCUAGUAGGGGACUGUUGGGUUGAGGAAUUAGUGGAGUCUACUUUAAAGUUUUUCUAUUUCAUCAAUAAAGAGUUUGAACCAUUAUUAUUCGAGAUAAGAUGCGUGGUUUAUCUUAUCAAGACGGAAACAAAAUAUUUCUAA